AGGCUGUAUGUGCGAACGUGUGCCGCGCCGCUGAAAAAAAAACGCGAAUAUUUCGAAAAUCGAAGUGUUUGUGUGUGUGUAACUAAGUGUACAGAUUAAAAAAAGUGGUUGUGAAUUUAAUUGAACAACUUUUUUGUUUUAAUAACUUGGAUAGUGGUUGAUAUUUAGUGUUAAAACUAUUAUAGUAAUGUGUGUAAAGUUUCGUGUGUGUUAGAAACGUUGUAACGGCUUUUCCAGGUUUCAAUUGAAGGAGAACAGAGAACUAAUACAUAACUCAUAAUUGGAUAAAGGUGUUUUGGCCGAGAGCCAGAAGUUCUGCGUUUAAUAAGUGACCAGCUUUGUCACUGUGACGACUUAUGACUCCAUUUUGAUAUAAGGUACUCUACAGAUGAAGUAAACAUGUGUUACAUAUUAUGUCAAGAUCGAGCCUUUGAGGGAUGAUCCAAUAUAAUGACGUCACACGAAGAUAGGACGUAACACACCAAGAUGGAUAUAGAUCAUGUAGUAUUGGACAAAGAAGCAAUCAGCCGGUUCGAACAGUACACAUUGGCAAAGCCUUCGCUAAAUGGAGGGAUCCCCUUGGACAGAUGCCAAGACGGCGACUCUAUGGUAUCUAAUAGCAGAAAAAGAGCACAAACAUCACGCCAAAAAGUUGUUUGUUGCUUUUGUCUAAAAACUACCAAGUACAGAAGAAAACAAUUCAUUAUCGGCUCCCUUACUAACAUAGUAAUUUUCAUCGUACUUUUAGCCUACACAUUUUUGGGAUCAUUCAUUUUCUUAGCGAUAGAGGGCGGCGCCGAAGUCCCAGCUAGGCCCAGAUUACUUCCAGAUAGACAGAAAAUUAGCCAUAAAGAUCAGAACAGUACGCACAAAAAGACAGACGACGAAUAUGAUUAUGGGAAUCUAAGUUUGUCAGCAAAUUACUUUUGGGACGCCAGAAGUAGGGCGGUGGAAAAUAUCUGGGAGAUAACAGUGUCGCUAAAUAUAUUGUACAGAGAGAAUUGGACGCGGUUGGCUGCACAGGAGAUUUUGAAGUUUCAAAACGAGCUUGUACAAAGGGUUACGACAGAAAUGGCGUCCCAGUAUGGCGUAAGUUACAGAGAGAUGGCACUUGGUGAAUUCGGGAGUGACCUGGCAAACCAUUAUGAAGAGCACGAAUGGAAUUUGGCGCUCGCCUUUUUCUACUCUCUCACUGUUUUAACAACUAUAGGUUACGGCAACAUCGCACCAAGAACAAUCCUCGGCAAAGGCGUCACUAUCGUGUAUGCCUUAAUCGGCAUACCACUCACCCUCGUCUACCUAUCCAGCGUUGGAUCCCUCCUCUCUAAAAUGGCACGAAGCGUCUUCAGCAGAGCCCUCUGCUGCUGCCUCUGUUCAAACUGCGGCUACUGCUGCUACGACGAAAGAAGAAUGGCAGAAAAAGAACGAAGAAUGAAGCUCAAAAGGCAACAAGAAGAAAUGCUUAACAGCCAAAACACCAGCAAAACUCCCACAGAAGAAUGCUACGUACUAAAACCAGAUAGCACAAAAGACCUUUCUCUUUCCGAAAGACCAACUACAAGCACAGCCAAAGAUGAUAUCAUCAGUUGGCCUGAUACAGACUCAAAGCUAUCCAUGCAUGGCUUAAGCAUUCUAGCCCCUGUACUCUUAUGUUUAGCAGCUAUAUUUAUAUACAUAGUUAUCGGAGCAGUAGUUCUAUUCAAAAUAGAUAAUCUGGGUAUUAUAGACGGUUUUUAUUUCUGUUUUAUGGCGUUAAGCACCAUUGGUUUCGGUAAUAUUGUUCCUGGUAUGACAUAUACAACAAUAAAUGGUGUAAGGUACUACACAAUAAAAUCUACCACGCUGUGGUUUUGUUCUGCGUAUACGCUAACGGGGUUAGCGUUGACAGCGAUGUGUUUCGGCGUGAUACACGACGAAAUUAUAUAUAGGAUAAAGCAUCAGCAGAAACAGUGGUCACAGAAGGGGAACACGGUCAAUGAUGGAGUCAAUAUCAACGAUCCAUUUUACAUGAACUCCUGACAAAUGUAUAGUAAGAGUAAGUCGGAGAAUCUGUACAGCAUCAUGGAAGAUAGUUCCUUAGAGCGUAACAGAAUCGAAAUUGACAAUAGGGAAGUAGUACUUAGUGUAGAUGAUAUAUCGACGACCGUGGAUCCAAAUGCUGAGUUUCCACCACCGCCUCCCGAAGAAGAAAUCGUUGCUAUCGUAACGAAAAAAGAACCUAAAGGUUUUGGUAAUAUGGUCGCUUAUAACGCGUUACCAGAAAUGUUGGAACAUGUUAACACAUAAUCUGAAAAGACUUGAGAGUUUUUGAUUGUUUUUUUUUUCUAUUUUUUUUUUAUUUCUUAGUUUUAUACAAUAUUAUUGGGAUAUCAAGCGAUGUUUUGUCGAAUUUACUUUUUUCCAUUUGUAAAUGUAAUUAUGUAAAUAUUCUUGUAAAUAUUGUAAUUAUUUUAGCGUUAGUAACUGAUGUCUGACAUCUUUUAUCAGAUCAAUUUGUCAACUGUUAUAAUAUCAAGGUAAAUGUAAUG